CACAACUCUGGCCUUGAGGCCAGCUGAUACCAUGGAUGGUAAGCGGGCUGACCUAGAAGAACUCCCAACUGCGCUGUCAGGCACCACGGCCUGAGUGACCAGACCAUGGAGACCCUGCUUGGCGGCCUGCUGGCGUUUGGCAUGGCGUUUGCUGUGGUUGACGCCUGUCCCAAGUACUGUGUCUGUCAGAACCUGUCUGAGUCACUGGGGACCCUGUGCCCCUCCAAGGGGCUACUCUUCGUGCCUCCAGACAUCGAUCGGCGGACAGUGGAGCUGCGUCUGGGCGGCAAUUUCAUCAUCCACAUCGGCCGCCAGGACUUCGCCAACAUGACGGGGCUGGUGGACCUGACCCUGUCCAGGAACACCAUCAGUCACAUCCAGCCCUUCUCCUUCCUGGACCUGGAGAGCCUGCGCUCCCUGCACCUCGACAGCAACCGGCUGCCCAGCCUGGGGGAGGACACGCUGCGGGGCCUGGUCAACCUGCAGCAUCUCAUCGUGAACAACAACCAGCUGGGCGGCAUCGCGGAUGAGGCCUUCGAGGACUUCCUGCUGACGCUGGAGGACUUGGACCUCUCCUACAACAACCUCCACGGGCUGCCCUGGGGCUCUGUGCGGCGCAUGAUCAACCUGCACCAGCUGAGCCUCGACCACAACCUGCUGGACCACAUCGCCGAGGGCACCUUCGCCGACCUGCAGAAGCUGGCCCGCCUGGACCUCACCUCCAACCGGCUGCAGAAGCUGCCCCCAGACCCCAUCUUCGCCCGCUCCCAGGCCUCGGCUCUCACCGCCACGCCCUUCGCCCCACCCCUGUCCUUUAGUUUCGGGGGCAACCCGCUGCACUGUAACUGCGAGCUUCUCUGGCUCCGCAGGCUGGAGCGGGACGACGACCUGGAGACUUGCGGCUCACCGGGGAGCCUCAAAGGCCGCUACUUCUGGCACGUGCGUGAGGAGGAGUUUGUGUGCGAGCCGCCGCUCAUCACCCAGCACACGCACAAGCUGCUUGUCCUGGAGGGCCAGGCAGCCACGCUCAAGUGCAAGGCCAUCGGGGACCCCAGCCCCCUCAUCCACUGGGUGGCCCCCGAUGACCGCCUGGUGGGGAACUCCUCCAGGACCGCCGUGUAUGACAAUGGCACCCUGGACAUCCUCAUCACCACGUCUCAGGACAGCGGCGCCUUCACCUGCAUCGCCGCCAACGCCGCCGGGGAGGCCACGGCCACCGUGGAGGUCUCCAUCGUCCAGCUGCCGCACCUCAGCAACAGCACCAGCCGGGCGGCGCCCCCCAAGUCCCGCCUCUCCGACAUCACCGGCUCCAGCAAGACCAGCCGCGGAGGUGGAGGAAGUGGGGGCGGGGAGCCUCCCAAAAGCCCCCCGGAACGGGCUGUGCUGGUGUCCGACGUGACCACCACCUCGGCCCUGGUCAAGUGGUCGGUCAGCAAGUCUGCCCCGCGGGUGAAAAUGUACCAGCUGCAGUACAACUGCUCCGACGAUGAGGUACUGAUUUACAGGAUGAUCCCAGCCUCCAACAAGGCCUUUGUGGUCAACAACCUUGUGUCCGGGACUGGCUACGACCUGUGCGUGCUGGCCAUGUGGGACGACACGGCCACCACGCUCACGGCCACCAACAUCGUGGGCUGUGCCCAGUUCUUCACCAAGGCCGACUACCCGCAGUGCCAGUCCAUGCACAGCCAGAUCCUGGGUGGCACCAUGAUCCUGGUCAUCGGCGGCAUCAUCGUGGCCACGCUGCUGGUCUUCAUCGUCAUCCUCAUGGUGCGCUACAGGGUCUGCAACCAGGAGGGCGCAGGGAAGCCCACAGCUGCCGUCACCAACAUGCACUCUCAGACCAACGGGGCCCAGCCGCCCGCUCUGGGCAGUGUGCCCAGUGGGGCCCCCGUGCCCGGACCGCCCAAGGUGGUGGUGCGCAACGAGCUCAUGGACUUCAGUGCCAGCUUGGCCCGAGGCAGCGACUCCUCUUCCUCCAGCUCCCUGGGCAUCGGGGAGGGGCUGGGACGGGGCCCCUGGAGGCUCCCACCCCCCGCCCCCCGCCCCAAGCCCAACCUUGACCGCCUCAUGGGGGCCUUCGCCUCCUUGGACCUCAAAAGUCAGAGAAAGGAGGAGCUGCUGGACUCCAGGACUCCAGGCGGGAGGGGGUCUGGGACGUCGGCCAAGGGCCACCCCUCAGACCGAGAGCCACUGCUGGGGCCACCCGCGGCCAGGGCCAGGAGCCUGCUCCCCUUGCCCCUGGAGGGCAAGGCCAAACGCAGCCACUCCUUCGACAUGGGGGACUUUGCAGCUGCGGCUGCGGGCGGGGUCGCCCCCAGUGGCUACAGCCCCCCACGGAGGGUCUCGAACAUCUGGACAAAGCGCAGCCUCUCUGUAAACGGCAUGCUCUUGCCCUUUGAGGAGAGUGGCCUGGUGGGGGCCCGAGGAACUUUUGGCAGCUCUGAGUGGGUGAUGGAGAGCACGGUGUAGGCCUGGGGGUGGGCCUCCUCCCUCCCACCCGGCCAGGGUAGGAGAAGGGGAAGCAUCUUUACCCACAAGUCUUUGUGGAGUUUCCAUGGUGAUGUUUACAUCCAGGGACCGUUUUGUCUCCCUGUCAACGGCCUCCCCCCACCCCACUACGCCACCCACACACACCUACCCAGGCCCGUCCCCCACCACCCGUCGGGGUGUGCUCAGGGAAAGCGGACUUGAUCGCUCACAUGUCAGACUGAGCCCUGAGUGUUUGGAAAGGCAGGGCUCCUGCCCUUCUAUUCACAAAUGUAGCCUAUAAGCAAGCGGCUUCGGAUUGCGGAUGGUUCCAGUGUUGUUUUUGUUUCUUAAUUUAUUUCUUCCAUGUCCCAGACUCCUCCUCUUCAGUGACACAGAUAAUGGAGAAUUUAUGCCACACACAAAAGCAGGUCCCAGCAGGUGGUGGGCAAUCGCUGCCAGCUGAGCAAAGCAGGGAAUGAUUUGGGCGGCACGUUUGUUUGGGGGAAGACUGAAGUCCUCCGCCUAGACCCCCUCAUUACUCCCAAGUCCCCACACUCGGGGAGGGUGCGUGAACCCCUCAUCACUGGCCCAACUUCCUUUGCUUCUCAAACACAACGCCCCACACCCAGCACAUCAGCUUAAACCAGAAAGGUAAUUUCCAGGACUCUGCAUGAGGGAGAGGGAGAAGGGUUUUAUGAGACCCAUGGGUAUAAGGUAUGUUAACUUAUGGAGGUGCUUUGGGAUUUUUGCUUCUUUUAAGGGAAGCUAAGAUGUGGGGCGGGUCAUGGUUGGGAGGGGCUUGCCAAGAGGUUUUCUCUUAAGGGGAGUGGACUCAAAGGAGCAGAAGGAGCACUGGACACAGAGUCCAAAGCUGCGAGUCUGGGUUUCAGAGCCACCACCCAAUACCCAGUUGAAUACAGCAGGCAAGACCCUUUCUCUGUGGAACCUCAGGCUUCUAAUUCAUAAAAUACUGAGAGCGUACCAAAUCUCCAACUCCCUUCCAGCUCAAAGGACUAAGGACUCUUCAUGACUAAAUGAGUUGUAGGAUUUUGAAGCUCGAAGAGGUGUUUGCGAUCAUUUCACCCUUAACCUUCUCUCUCCUUUCCUCCAGAGUCCAAGAGACCUGCCCAAGGUCACAUAGCGAGUUAGUGACCAAGUCAGGGCAGGGCCUAAGGCCACGUGCCUCUUGGGGGUGGUGUCUGAAGUCCGUUACCAAGUGUUCACCGUGGCUAGGGCAUUUCUGUGUCUAGAGCCUGUCCUUUGUUUGUUCUUGAAGGAGGUGGCUCAGGGUGGGACACAGGGACACGGGGGCUGCCUUCCACGAUGCCAGUCAGGAGGCAGAUGUGUCUGGAAACGACAGGACGAGGAGGGGCACACGGGCUCCUGUCCAUCUGGGGACUGAACCCCGCACGCACAGACUCCGGCGAGAGGAGGCCGAGGACGUGUGGCCGGUGCGGGGGAAGGCAUCUGGAAGCAUCUGGAGGGUCUUCCCCCGCACCUCUGUCUCUCUUGGUCCCUGUCUGUCCCAGGUUUCGCCUCACUGUCAACACACUACCUCUCCCCACCUCAUUCCUCCUUCUCCCAAACCUCCACCACAGAGCUCUGGCCUCCGUCUCUCAUUCUCCCUCCUUCUGCCACUUGCCGACCACACAGCCUACAAAGCAUACAGGUGAGUCCAUCUGGGGCUGAAACGUUCCGAUGGGCUCAGCCCUGGAGCUGAGCUGGUGGCCCCCCAGCCCCGCCCAGAACACACAGGCAGAGGGCGGGGAACCGUCUAUGCAGGACUGCCUUCUGGCUCCUGCCCAGGAGCCUCCAGACCCCAUGCCUUCCUCCUUGCCUGCCCGCCUCCUCUCUCUCCUCACCUUCCCUCCUCUCUCCUGUCUUCAUUCCUUUUCUGCUGGUGCCUCUCUGCCUCCCCCGAGUCCCUUUCUGGUCCAGACCAGGUCAUCCACAGACCGGGCCGGGCUCUCCCUGAGACCACAAGCUCACGUCCAGCCCCAGUGCUGGAGCAGAAGCUUUCCGCAGCCAUGGGAGACCUCCAGCCUCGGUGACAUGAAAGAAAACCUCCCUCACCCUCCCUCUCUCUCUGCCCCACUUGCCUCCUCUCCUUCUUCCCUCUGCACUUUCUCACUCAGCCUUUUCUAAAUGUAGCCAUUGAGGAGGUGACCCCAAAUGCCACUCUCUUUUUGCCUUUGGGUUCAGACGCCUCGAGGAAAAGUGGUAGGCUUGGGAAGCGAGGGGAACCAACUGUCCUCGUCAGCGGCUCCAAGCUCUGUCGUGACAUGAUAUGUACUAGCACUUGUGUUUGUCAGGUUUGGAAAGCGACAUCCCUGUGGGCAGACUACAAAUGCCAACCUUCUCCUUUGCUAAAAAAAAAAAUAAAAUAGUGCACAGUAAAAUGUACAGUUUUAA